AGAAUAUAGGAUGUGGAUAGGAACAUUGAGUAGUCCAUUUCCAAUAGCGAUGACAAGUAAGAAAGAUAAAUGUUUUGGUGAUUUUAUUGAACUAUAUUAUGAUAAAUCCAAUAGAAAGAUAUACAGCAGCUCCAAGAAUAGAAAUAACAUGGGCUGGUAAAACACCUAAAUCAAAGGAUAAUGAAUGUGGAAUAACAGCUAUUUAAGAGAUUCCUACAGAUUUAGUUAUAAGGCAGCAAUGUGCGAUCCAAAAGGAUAUCAUGUAUUUUCAGAUACACUUAAAAAUAUGGGUUAUAUACCAGGUUUAACAAUGCAAGCAGCUCCUUAUGAUUUUAGAAAAUCUAUAGCAGCUCUUGAAUCUUAAUAAUAUAUAAAAAAUCAGUAGAAACCUUUUAUAGAUUAACAGGAAAGAAAACAUAUAUUUUUGGACGUUCUUUAGGUUCACUUCAUUCAACAGAAGCAGUAUAUAUUAUGAGUUAAACAGAGAAAGAAUAAAGUUGCUGGUAUAGUAACAAUAGCUGGACCAUUAUUAAGUGCAACUAAAACAUUAAAUCAUAAGUUGGUGGAGAUGAUAGUUUAAUGUUUAAAGUAUUAAUAUUGU